AUGAAGCGAGGGCAGCAAUGGCUGCUUGAGCAGAUCUUGUGCUCUUCUGUCUCAGAAGAAGGAUGCGAAGGAAGGGGGAUCGGUGUGGCUAGGGUUUUCGAAGGGAAGGAGGCCAGAAAAGAGUUCAGACGAGAAGCAGGACGUCGCAGGUGGUCCAGUGGUGUUUGCUUUGACGGGAGAAGAAGAGAUGUGCGAGAGGUGAGGCUGCUGUCUCGAUGGCUCACUGAAGCACCACUACAGCCAGUGGUUCAUGACAGAGGACGAAGAAACAGAGCUCGCCGUUGUAGUCUUGGAAAGGCCACCUGUGUUUCUCUACCCCCAUCAAAUCAUCAAUCAUCAAUCAUCAUCGUCUGUAACUCUCUGAUUGAAGAUGGGAAACAUAUCUGCAAAGGAAAAGGGAAAGGAAAGAGAAGAAGUAGUGAUAAAGAUUGUGCCUCCAUUGGACUCUGCAUAUGUUCGUUGGCUUGCCAAAGAUUUGGAGAGGAUUCAUGGGUAUGUUCCUUCAAAACCUCGUGCCAUUAAACCACCAGAUCAUUACAUCGAUUACAUGAGGAUGAAUGGAUGGUUAGAUCUUGACCUAAAUGAUCCUGCCCUCGCCCAUUUAUUCAAAUAGCAACGUGUUAAAGUGUUCUUGUUUAUCAUCCAUAAUAGCAUUGUAUGAUUGUACUUAUAUUUCAAAUUAUCCG